AUGUCGCUGCAUCUCUCUCCGCCUCUGCCCGCGCAUGCCACGCUGCAUCUCGACGGCCUCGACUUCCCGCAGCCGCUGCCUCUGGCGCGCAUCGCACGCCUGCCGCGAGGCUGGCACCUGCUGGCCUGGCAGCCUGCGCCGCACAGCUCCGGCGGCAUGCCAGGCGCGCCGCCGCGCAGAGGCAUCUUCUUCCGAACGACGCACGCCGACGACGAGACGAGACGCGCGUGGGAUCAAGACGCCCAGUCGUUGCGCAGCAGCAGCAGCAGCAGCAGCAGCAGCAGCGACAGCGACGCAGAGGCAGAGGCAGAUUCGGCCCUCGCGCCUGCUGCUUCCUCCUCAUCCUCCUCUGCCCACCGAGGCGCAGCGGUCCCCUAUCCGCUCCCCGCGCCCGCACAGCGCGCAUGGGCCAUGCAGACGCGGCUCCUCUGGCGCGUGCCCCACGUGCUCCCUCGCGUCCUUUGCGGCGCCGUCGGGGCCGCCUCAAGCGAGCUGCACAUCGACGCCUCGCAGUCGCUCGUGCACGCCGAGCUGCCGCGUGGCCAGCGAGCUUCGCGCGCCGAACGCGCACUCGAGGCACACCUGAACGACUCGAAGUCGGAGCGCUUCAGAGGCACACUGGCGUUUACAAGGGACGAGGAGGUGAUGCUCGAGGAUGAGCUGGGCGAGGGAGAGGAGGCGCCGCUCGUUGUGCAAUUAUAA